UCCCACUGGAAGAGGUACUGGUAUGGCGGGGCAUAGUCACUAUGAGUACGACUUCGUCUUACUUUACCACGAAGAUGACCAAGAUGCAGCUUUUGAUCUCUUGGAGUCCGUCGAAAAGACCUUUUCAUUGCGAGGAUUCUUCUGGGCAAGGGAUGCAGUUCUUGGGAAGAGCAUUUUUGACAAUUUACAACAAAGUCUGGAGUUGAGCAGAAACGUACUGUGCCUACUUACAUCAAGAUUUGUGGACGAAAACUGGGGGAAUUUUCAGAUAGAAAACGCCGUUCUAAACAGGCUACUUAGUGAGAAACGUAAGAACGUUGUAUCGGUGAUGCUGGAGGAAUGUACCGUACCGCUAGCGUUGCAGGACACCCCGCCUCUAAAGCCAACAGGCCAGUGGUACUGGAGUGUGCUGUAUAGGAGCCUGGUUAAAAACGCAGGACCAUGUCCAGUGUCCAUACGAACUUCAGCGGAAAAAGUUUUCAAAGCCGUCCAACCGGACAAAGGAAAGGCUGUCGCUUUCUGCAGGAACCUGGGCGUCCCUGAAGUGGUCUGUACAGAGAUAUCCAGCCACGCUGCCGGAAUUCGAGCUCUACUUGUGCAGGGGUUAAACUGCUGGACCAAACAUGUAGGCAUGGACGGGACAGAUGAACAGAUAGACAUGGCUCUACUCAAAACACUUACAGGUGGUUGCAGUCAGUAAGGCAAAAACACGUCAUGGACAACAUUUGGAUCAUGUGGCAAAUAACGUGCCAGUUCUACUAGCCAAUAGGGCAAUUAAUUUAACACCAACAUGACAAUUUGUAACCUUAUAUGCAUGUAUACAUGUACUGAUACUGUGUAGAGUUUUUGCAGUAUGUAAUAUACCUUUUACCUGUACUGUUCGAAAAGUAUUGGGCAGGGAUACAACCAAGGUUUCAUCUGCGUUUGUGCAAUCUACAUGUUUUUAUUUCUUUUUUGUAACAUUUUGAACAAUGAAAGCAUAUGUUUUGUCCAAGAUUGUCAUUUGUUUGCUGUAUGUGCAUGCAAAAUGAUAUCAAAUCUGGGCCUAAAUAUCAUAUUCAUGCAUGCAUAUUUACAACAUAUAGCUAGUUUGCAUGUUGUCACAGCCACCACUUGGUAGUGAGACCUAUCAAUUUGUCCGUAAUCAUAAUUACCUAACUAAGAAUAGUAUUUUGGCAACACAAUUUUGCAAACUGCAAAUGGAUUGAGGAAGGGUAGACUAUGUGUUCUAGUUCGAGAACAUACUUCAACAUGUGCCAAGUAAAAGCCUUGGAACUAUCAUAAUGGUGUGGCAUUUUUGUUGGCCUGGGUGCCAUCGUCUGGGUUUAUGUUAUCCUAGCCAAGAGCAAAAGUCUUAGAACUACUACUAGGCUACUAUUUUU